AUGGCCGAAGGGAUUGGCACCUUACAAUCCCUGUACUCGCUUUCGGUGAGGUCGUUUUACGACGGCCCUUCUUCGAACGCAGCGGGUGGGUCUCGUCGUACUGCUCGACGAGACCAAGGACAUCAACAAUCAGCCGGGCACGAGGCUCCCAGCUGCCCCACGCCGGUGGAUAGCCACGCCAGCGGACGAGAUAAUUUGUCCGGACGCCAUUCACAUCGCAGUGGUUCUAAAGACGCUACACUAGGGAGUGUUGAGCACUGCUUGAGUCCACCAAAGGAUGUGGUGGUGGUGGAAACACCUGAUACGACUAGAGGGUCGGAUCAGCUUGAUGUUCAGGAACUGAACCGUGUAACUGAUUAG